AUGGAGGCGAGCGACGAGCCGGUUUUGGUCCGAGGCAAAACGGCCAGUACCUCGGUCUCCUUGGGGCCGUUCCUCUUCUUUAACGUCGCCGCCGUGGAACGAGUGGCCGACGGCGGCAGCGGCAUUGAGGUCAAAUCGAGUGGAAACGGAUGCGGGAGGGGGAUUUCUUCACGCCUUGUUCCUUUUUAUGAGGUGCCGUUAAGCUGGAGUCGUGAGGGGAAUGAGACUGAGAACGUCUUCUGGAUGGGAAUCUUUCAGGAAUUGACAAGAAG